CGGCGCCGCCACGCCGUCGCCUCCGCCAUGCUCCGCCUCCGGAGCUGCGUCCUCGCGCACCUGCUCUCCUCUCCCACCACCUCUCACGGCUCCACCUUCCGCCGUCUCCUCUCUGCCACCACCGCCGCGCCCGCCGUUUCCCCACCCACCGGAUUCGCCGUCGAGGAGUACCUGGUCGAUACCUGCGGUCUCACCCGAGCGCAGGCCCUCAAGGCCUCCGCCAAGCUCUCCCACCUCAAAUCCCCAUCCAAGCCAGACGCCGUCCUCGCCUUCCUCGCCGACCUUGGCCUCUCGACCACGGACGUCGCCACCGUCGUCGCGAGAGACCCCAAGUUCCUCUGCGCCGGCGUGGAGAGAACCCUGUCCCCAAUCAUCGAAGGGCUCGCCGGCCUUGGACUGUCGCGUUCUGAGAUCACGCGACUCGUCCCGCUCGCCGCAAACGACCACUUCCGCAGCAAACCCGUCGUCUCCAAGGUGCACUACUACCUGCGCCUCUUGGGCUCCUUCGAGGAAUUCCUUCGGGCAUUAAAGUGUAACCAACAUCUCCUCUCGCACAACCUCGAGAGGGUGGUCAAGCGGAAUGUCGGAUUACUGCAGGAGUGCACGUUAGGUGCUUGCGAUAUUGGCAAGCUUGCCAUCUCUAUGCCAAGGAUGCUCACCGCCAACGUGGAGCAAAUCCGGGCGAUGGUUGCCUCUGCUCAAGCUUUAGGUGUGCCUCGGGGCUCUGGGAUGUGCAGGCUAGCUCUGCGGUCUGUUGCAUUCGUCAGUGAGGAGAAGAUUGCUGCCAAAAUGGAAUACUUGAAGAAGACGUUUAGGUGGUCCGAUGCCGAGGUUGGCAUUGCUGUGUCAAAGGGUCCAUUUGUGCUGAUGUCGUCAAAGGACAUGCUGCACCGUAGGUCCGAGUUCCUUAUCUCUGAGGUGGGGUUGGAGCCGGCAUACAUUGCUCGCCACCCAUCAUUGCUCAGUUAUAGCUUGGAGGGCCGGCUCAGGCCCCGGUACUAUGUUAUGAAGUUUCUUAAGGAAAACAGAUUGCUCAAGAGUGACACGUCCUACUAUGCAUUUGUCAGUGCCACCAAGAUGGUAUUCUUGAAGAAGUUCAUAUGCCCUUACAAGGAAGCUGCACCACACCUUGUUGAAGACUAUGCAGCUGCUUGCAAAGGAGAAGUGCCGACUAGAUUCAGAUUUACAUGAACCAACAACAGGAUAAGGAAAUAACGUUCUGCAAUUGGCCUAAUUGAGUUGCGCAGAUUCAGUAUUGAAGAUUUUUCUUGAACCCCAAAUGGUAUCUUCUCCAUUGAAUCUGCCUACAAAGUACAUAUGAAUCACCAUAAUAUCCUGCUGGACAUUAAAGUGGUGAAAAUGGUGAAAAUGUCUUCUGAGGGAGCAAAAUUUUGAGAGCUGCCAUUAAAGCAUAACAUGAGUCUAAGAAUGGCUGCUUGCAGAGGACAAGCGUCAACUAAUUUCAGAUUUACAUGAAG